UGUCAAUCUUGUGUCAAACUAAAAUCUAAAAUUAUUUUUUCUUACUUCUAACUUUUAAGUAAAUCUAUUAAAUUAUUGAAUUGUUAUUUCUGAUAGAAUUAGAUUUUAAUAUUUAAUAACGACUAUCGACAAGUCGACAGUAAUGUAUUUAGGCAACAGGUCCGAUGAAUACUUGCUUUUGCCUAUUGGCAUCAUAAUUAUUACAAUGUAAACAAUGAGUUACGCAUAAAACGCGUCUACAGUUCUUAAAACACCGCAAAGUGAACAAAUCACUAUGCUAUUUAAAUUUAUGAGUCAGAGAUGCAUUUAACACAUUUCGGUAUUGGUUUGUGAUUUAGUGUCAAGGAGGAUCGGUGACUACAUCCUUAUCAACAUAACUGAAGUGUUAUCUAACUGCGGAGUUUAGAAUUUUAAAAACAAUACGAGAUCAUUCCUCACAUUAAAUCUCACAUCAUGGUGUCGCAAGCUCCGGACCCCCCACAGAGCAUGGGCUCAACCAACGUAGUGUUCAGAACAGAGACACGCUUUGACCCCUCCUACUUGAAAACACCUCCUGGGAUUAUUAAAGCUGUUGUCAUAGUCCUCAACCUUCUUGGCUUCAUUUGCAUACAAUCGUCGGCGUUCUGGUCGAACGCGCGCGGCGUGUUCUUCAACAUCGUGGCGCACCUGGGGCUGUGGUGGAGCCUGGCGCUGCUGCUGCUGUACCUGUUCCACCUGGUGGAGAAGUACCACAACUUCAUGUGGUUCAAGGUGGAGCUGAUCGCCAGCGGUGUGCUCGCGUUCUUGUACCUCAUAGCGUCCACCAUAGUCGUCGCGUUCGGGGCCGCCGCGUACUCCGCUGCUGGGUUCUUCGGCUACCUGGCGAUGGUGGUGUACGGCUGCGACGCGUUCCUCACGGCGCGCGCAGUGCAGGCGGGCGAGCUGGCGCAGGGCACGCGCGUGCCCGCCAAGCAGCUGCACGUCACCACGCCGCCCGCCAUGCCGUGAGCUGACGUGAGCUAGGGCUGACUACCAAACUAUCAUGUAUAGUAUUCUUCGGGUCUGCGUAUUAAAUAACUAUUGGAGGCUCACAUAGGGCUGCCACGAUUUCCUUAAAAAUAUACUAUUUGUGCACAUUAUAUGCACAAACACUAUAUUAUUUGAAGAAAUGUUGGCAACCCUAUGUCGGCCGCAACAGAUUCUACUCUUCAUUACAGUCUAUAUAAUUAUCUCCUCUAAAACCACUAUUAUAAAAAAACGCUCAAAAAAAUUUGAAAAUGAUUUAUAUAGACUGAACAAUCAGUAAGAGACAGAAAGUCCUUUCUAGUAUUUUUUACACAAUAUAAUGAAAUCUAGACACAGCAGUGUUUGAACCAAGUUCAGAAACAACAUAAUAUAUAACUUAUUACUAUGUAAAUUUUGUAAAAAUGUACAUAAUAUGUUUAUACUUUAUUUAUAUCGCUUGAUAUCAAGUUUCUGUAACUGAAGUUAUUUACACCUAUGAAGUUUUUUAAUGACUUACUCUGAAAGGUUCUGGAUCUAUAAUCAUUGUAAAAUAAAAUCUAAUGCAUUUAAAAAAUUAUUACGGCCGUAAUUAUAAACUUUAAUUGAGUUUAAGUGACUUUUUUUUCCGAGCAAAUUGGGCCAUGUUUAUUAGUUCACUGAGUUUUAUUUCAAUCUUGUUGAACAACUUAACUGAAUUAAUGUUUAUAAUAUCAUUAAAAUAUUAUAAUGGCUGUUAAUAUAUUGUAAUUUUGCUAAGAUAUAUUUUCUAGUCUUUAUCAAUCUAUAAAGUUUAUCAAAUUCUGUACAUACUUUCUAUUACAGUGAGAUGUUAUGACCAAGGCUCUUUAUAUAACUGAUGUAAACAAAUGAGUUGAUCUUGUGUAAAAUUGCACUUCACUGUCUGUUCGGUAGAACCGUAAAAAACAACAAACGAAAUGCUCUAAACUUGUGCUCAUCUGAUCUUUAUUGAUAAUUAGUAUUUUAAUGUGAAUAUUUAAACUCGAAUAUCUAUAUAGUGUACGUAGUAGCAUCUCACUGACUUUGAUAUUUACAAUUUCUUAAUGCGCUUUAAAAAUGUAUUUAAUCGUUGAAUAGCACUUUAUUAAUUAUAUCGUUGUACCGCCUUUUUAUAUAACUUUACGAACUUGGGAAAGCAAAGAUUAGUUGUAAGCUCAAUAUAGUAUUUAAGCCCACCUCACGCGUACCUCGGUGUGUACUUACUAAUAAUUUGAUUAUUAUUAAUUAUCGAGGCGCACGGCAGUGCCGCACGCCAAGUUCAUUCCCAACAAAUGUACAAAAGUGGCUUCGUUCAGAACCUCAAUAUGUCAAGGUGAAGUAAAGAGACCGGACUCAUCACCGGGAGAUCGUGGUUUGAGGGAAUCAGAAUAUUGGUCAUGUUAAAAAGUAUAUUUGCCAUAUAUUUUUAUUAAAUAAAUGUUUCACAAAUGAAAUAUCAAUUGGAUAUAUCAAUAUCAGAUGUUGUUUAAAUAUAUAAAAAAAAAAUGUAUUAUUAAAUCGAUUGUGGUAUUUGUAAAUAUUUAAAUAGACAUAAUGCAUACUUAUACAUAUAUGUUAUUGAGGACCACAGGAGGACUUACUUGAAAAGUAUAUACAUACACAUUUAUUUUUAAAUUGACAUAGUUGGUUUUUAACUUGGAUAUCAUGUACCUAAAUGAUCGAAUAUUUUAAGUUUGUCACAGAUAAAAAUAAUUAGGUACAAGUUGUACAUAAAUUACAAAUAGAUUAAUUUUGAAAACCGUUUAAACCAGAUUUGUUUGUGUCGAGCGAUGUUCAACAUUAUGUAAAGAACUAUAUUUGUCUAAAUUUUAAAAUUAUAUUUUAUAUGAGAUAUAUACGUUAUUAGCACGCCCAAUAAUGGGGCAUCAAAUAGAUACAAAUAGCCUGUCCGGUCGUAGGAAUAAACGGCGCUAUAGCUUGGCAAAUUCGUUCGUAACACUCCCGAUGGUCCACGAGGGCUGGGGGGCGGGUAGCGAUGAAUGAUAAACCUACAACUGAUGCACACCACUUCCAGCCUCUGCCCCGCGCGCACGACUUCACACCCGCGCAGUCCUUCCCUCCCCGUCGCCCGCAUAUCACGGAAGUGUCAUUAACGAACUUACCAAGCUUUAGCAAUGUAGUGAAAUGUCCAUGAUGCGGUGUCUACCCAUAGGCCAAGAUGCCUCAGCCUCGAAGGGAUCCUGAAAGAAAUCACCGGGAGAAUGUUUCCUCUGUGUCUUAACCAGGCAAGGAGGCAAAGCCUCUUGGCCUAUACUCUCACUUCAGUGUUUUUGUAGGCCUAUAACAUAUCGCAUCUUAAAUAUCAUAGCUUUCCAUGGCAUGUGGUUAUCUAGAUCCACCAACAAAUUGGUCAAGCUAUUGGCCAAUUUGUUGGCGAAGGUGAAGAGCGAGAAUAUGCUUAUAGUCUAGCAAAUUCGUUGAUAACACUCCCAUGAUAUGCGGACGACGGGCGGAAAGACUGCGCGGGUGUGAAAUCGUGCGUGCGGGGAAGUGACGAGCAUCAGUUGUGGGGUUUUCAUUCAUCGCUACACAUCCCCUCGCCCCGCGCGCAACAUCGGGAGUGUUACGAACGAAGUUGCCAAGCUAUAGCUCCGCAUGUCAAGUGUCACAAAUAUUUUCAUGUAUGUU